AUGGCUCCUCCCACUCCGCCUCCACCUCCACCUCCACCUCCGCCUAAAUUGUUCUCCUGGCGCCAGACGUUGCCGUUCGUCCUCGCUGUCUUAGUGUCUCUCGCUGCCGUUUCACUAAACGGCCUUUUGGGACGACUCGAGAUAAAUCACUCUCCGUUCGAGGAAGUGCCGGAAUCAGUGAGAAAAGAGUUGGACGAUGCGCUCAACGAUUGGUAACGUUUCGUUUCCGAUCCGAUAAAAACAUAAGAAUUCAGGGAGAUGUUGAAUGCUGAUAAGUUGAGCCACAGGAAGCUCGAUUCUCGUCUGAGUUUACGUUCGUAUCCGGUCAAUUGCUCAAUAAGCAAUAGUACCUACGAUAUGUCGCGUCUUCUAUUCCUUCCGUGGGUCAUGGUGGAACAGCAUUACUGUGCAUCGCAAGAAACGCUUAAUUGGUGUUACGAAGAGCAGUGGUUCGGUCUGUUCAAGUCGACAGGUGCGCAAUAUACCCUCCACAGUGGACGUCUUCUGGAUCUCCACAUCAGUUGCUUCCGGAGAAAUGGCUAGUUUCUGCUCUUUAAAUCAUUUUAUGCUGAUUCGUUUUACAGCAAUUGUCCGACUCAUGAUUGAUGCGAAUCCGUUGUGGGCAUACAUUGUGAUCCUUACCAUCGUUUUCUCAGUUUUGUUUACCAUUAAGUGAGAAAACACCUUUUAUCAGUCUCAUCCGUUUUUUUAGUGUUACCGACCCAACAAAGAAGAAACCACAAGAGGAAGAAGAGCCGAAACAGGAGCCACCGAAAAGAAGACGGACCAAAUUCAAUAUUUUCGGAUUGAUAAUUUCGGUCAUCGGCGCUUGGGCAUGCCUUUCAGUGGUAAUGUUGUACACCUCGUUUGCACGGGAUGAUGUCUAUUACCUGUCGAUCGACAAAGUGCCAGAAGACGUGCGUGAUGAGAUCAGAGAUGAAACGAAGAAAUCUCAGGUAAAAUUUCAAACUUUUCUUGGCUCUUCUGAAGACAUUCUCAAACUUUCUCAAGACAAAAAACUUUUCCAAGACCUUUUCAAACUUUCUGAAGCACUAAAAACUUUUCUAAGCCUUUCUUAAACUUUUUCAAGAAAUUCUCAGACUUUUUCCAGAAAUUCUUAAACUUUUUCUUGCCGAAAUUAUUUCAAACUUUCUGAAACUUUUCUAAGCAAUUCUCAAACUUUCUCAAGAAAAGUUUUGAAGAAGAAUUCCUAGGCCACGAAGUUUUGGACUCCUCGUGGACAACAAUGUUUUCUGCAAACUUUUUAGCGUUUUCCCCAAUUGUUAUAGUUGUAUAUAAGGGUUUUCGCAUUUUUCGGUCUUGUUGAGCUCAUAAUUGAAUUUCUUAAUUUUUAAAAGUAGUCUUUAACGAAUUAAGCGGCAAAAUAAAGGAAUAUCCGUGAGAAAUUGUAGAAUAGGCCUAAAAAGGCAUUUUUUUUAACUAAUUCAGAUUUUUUCCGCGCUUUCUGCAUUUCUUACAAUGAAGUAACUGAAUCGGCACUGUUUUUAGUCGCUCGUUUUCAAAUAUUUCACUUUUCCGAACACCACACCACCUCGUCCGCGACGGUUUAGCAAAAUAAUUAUCGUUUAUAAAGUACUUCAGUCAGAUCUGAUUAUUCGAAGCGUUUGUUCGCGUUUUCUUCCAUUUUUAUUCUAAGUUUCUGAGUUUACUGCUACCAGAGUUGAGCGGAAGAACUCAACGGAAGAACACGGAAGAAGUUUUUAUCACUUAUAGUAAAUUUUUUGAUCGAAUGUGAUCAAGUGAUAAAAUGUAUAGCAAAAUGAACUCUGAUCAUAAAAAAUAAUUGUAAAUUUAACUUUUCAUACAAAAAGGUUAUUCCAGUUUUUCCGUGAAGAAGGGGGCUAACGGAAGACGGAAGGAAAUUUACUGUUAAGCAUCUCGUUGUAUCGCUAUUCGAAAUUGGCUCUUUAUUGACCGGAAAAAAGGAAAGUUCAGUGAAAUCUCCUUUUCCGUUAUAGUUUCGGCACUAGUAUACGUUUCAUUCCCAAGUACUCAGGCCUGGGCGAGUUACCGGUUCCACAGGAGAAAAAACCCACGAAAAACACAAAAGACGAAGAAGAGGCGAUUAUCAGGGCCCGCAAUCAUGGAAACCGGGGAAAUGAAGCUCACAUCUUGAAUGGCCGAAAAUUCAGGGAAUUGUGAAAAGUAAUGUAUGGAAUCAUUGCAGACUACCUCUUCGAGGUGACCUGGGGAAGAUGAGAAGUUUUCCAAUAAAUUCCGACAAUUUUCUGAGCCGUCGUCAAACUUUUUCAAGAUAAUCUCAGACUUUUUCCAGAAAUUCUUAAACUUUUCUAAGCCUUUUUCAAGAAAUUCUCAGACUUUUUCCAGAAAUUCUUAAACUUUUCUAAGCAAUUCUCAAACUUUUCCAAGAAUUUCUUAGGUGGCGCCUGGAAAAGUUUGAAAAUAGCUAAGAAAAGUUUGAAAUUUUACCUGAGAAUGGUGAGCAGAGUAAACAAUUCUGGCCCAUGUGAAUUGACUUUUAGGGCCUCGCAUAACCCGAAAAAACGAAAGGAAUACGACAGUCAUCUGCGUUUGAUUCCUGUUGAUUGCGGCAAUUAUAAAACGAUACCGGUGGAGACUUUCCCCGUGCUGAGCUCGAAGCCCCAAGUUAUUUAUUGUGCAUCGAAGAGCACACUGGCCUGGUGCAACGACGGGAAGCUGCUCGAGUUGUUCAAAUCUAUCGUUGUGCUCGUUGUGCCGAACGAUCGCGGUGACGCCCGACGCAUUAAAACCUCGCUGAACUGCUUCGAGUACCCCUGUCAGUUUCAGAUUAUGUUCCGGUAAUUUAUUUACAGUUUUUCUUGCAGGGUACGUCGGUCAUUCCAAUGAUUUCAUCUUCAUAAUCAUGCUCAUUGUGUUCUUGAUUUCCGCGAUCGCAUUUUACAAACAUGUCGAAAAGGAGAAGCCGGCGGAGACAGCUAGACCGCGACAGCCCACGAACAAGCCGCAACGCAAUAUCAAAUCGCGUAAGGAGAACUACAAAAAUAGGAGAUCUAAUUGAAUUUGUAAACUUGUACGUGCCAUCUAAUAUUUAACUGGUUGUAUUUUGCGUAAGUCUGACUAUCUCUGUUUCAUGAAAUUAUCUUUGAAUCUGCUGUUUUUGGAGCUCACAGUUUUGGGCGAAAAAUUGUGUUUACCCCAUUGUCUUCUCCGUUUCAUGCUCAUUUGCAAUGCCACUUUUUGCGGUUCCCCGGGGAAAUUGGGUCGCAAUUGAGAAGGCAAGAGGGACAAAAACGUUUUUGUCGCAUGCAUUUGCCGAGCACUUCAUUCAUUCCAUCUGCUUUUCCGAAUGCCUACCGCCACUUCAUUCCUCCUUGUUUUCACCCUUUUCAUUACCGUUUCCUGUUCAUUUUCGGCGUCAAAUGACACCGAAAUCACUGAAGUGAUUAGGUAUGAUGGCCGGCGAAUUCCGUACGAAAAUCAUCCACAAAAGUUUUACUACGUAAGGAAGUGGGAACUGGGGAAAAGAAGAAUUGUGCUCUCUCAGGUGAACAUCUCGAAUCCGGAGGUCGAAUUAAAAGUGAAAUGCGCGCAUUGCAACGUGCAAAGAUGCCGUCCUCUGCCCUUCUGCUACUCGAUACAGUACUCCGAUCGAGGUGAGUAAAGCGGAAGCGACGAGGAGAAGAAAGAGGGUGAUUUCAGUGAGGAGCACGGGCGAUUACUGUGCCGAUGAGUCGGAAAUGUACUCGCUGGUCGGUGCUCAAUUGGACGCGACGACUUCUUCACAGAGGAAACGAAGACGCAUCCACGAGUCGUGUCUUCCGUCGAUCAACGAUCCAUCCAUUCAUUACUGUGUAUGCCACACUUUUGAUGACGACGCCUCUUCGUGAGUUGAGAUGAAGAAGAAGAAGAAGAAGAAGAUUAUAAGUUUCAGAAGAGAGUACGAUGCGUUGCGGAGGAUUCGCAUCUGGAGGUAUCAGAGUCUCAUCUUCCACGACGAAGUGCAGAAGAAACAAGCGCCGAAGGAAGUGCUCGGAGUUGUCUGGAUACUGACAGUGCUGAGGUGA